AUGGUCCCGAAUCGCAGGGGCCGGUCAUUGACCACCGCACUCCUCCUCCUAGCCUUAGGAUAUUUCUUUUUAUUACAAUUACCCUUCAUUUUAUCGCCAUGGAAUUAUCACCGGAGACCGACACCGGUAAAAAACGAAAAGAUCCGACCAGACGCUAUUCACCUAGAGCACGCACGUCAGAUACACCCUAUCGAAUCAUACAUUCCUUUGCCAACAAAUCCAACACCUCUUCCCCGCAUCCAACAUGAGUUUGAACCAGAAGGCUGGUCGGAGCGCAAAAGGAGAACUCAAAGACAGAAGGCUGUAAAGAAAACGUUUCUUCAUGCUUGGAAUGGGUACAAAAAUCAUGCUUGGCUGCGAGACGAGGUCUCACCUGUGAGUGGGAAGUAUGAAGACUCUUUCAGCGGCUGGGGUGCCACCCUAGUUGAUUCGUUGGAUACAUUAAUUAUCAUGGGCCUCGAUGGUGAGCUGAAGCUCGCAUUGGAAGCACUCGAUCAGAUUGACUUCACCACGACAUUCAGCAAAGAAGUCAAUGUUUUUGAGAUCGUGAUCAGGUACAUGGGAGGGUUGAUCGCUGCCCAUGACCUGACCAACGGAAAACAUCCGAUCCUGCUCAAGAAAGCAGAGGAACUCGGCAACAUGAUUUUCUAUGCCUUCGACACAAAAAACCACAUGCCACAGAUGCGCUGGAAAUGGGGCCGUUCAGCCAUCGGCCAAGAGAUCGAGGCAGACUCACAUACCAGCCUGGCAGAAAUGGGUUCUUUGACAGUUGAAUUCACUCGUCUGACCCAGUUAACCGGGAACCCGAAGUACUUCGAUGCCGUCCAGCGUAUCACGAAUGAGCUAGACAAGGUCCAGAUGCGAACCAAAGUUCCAGGAUUGUGGCCCAACUUUGUUGAUGCAUUCCGUCUUGACUUCAACGGUUCAGACUUUUCGCUUGGUGGUGGUGCUGAUUCUACCUAUGAGUACCUGCCCAAGGAGCACAUUCUUCUCGGUGCGCAGACAGAUCAGUACGAAAAGAUGUGGGAGCGAUCAAUUGAGGCAAUCAAGAAAAAUAUACUUUUCCGUGCUGUGACCAAAGAAGAAGAAAAACAAAUUCUCUUCACCUCCAACAUGAAAGUUACGGAAGACGUAAGCCGUGUUCAACACACCUCAGACCAUCUGAAGUGCUUCAUUGGUGGUACGGUAGGCAUCGCUGCGAAAAUCUUCAACCGUCCCCAAGACCUAUCCAUCGCUCGGGGCCUUACAGAUGGAUGUAUCUGGGCGUACGAUUCGAUGCCGACAGGUGUCAUGCCCGAAACCUUCCAAUUCACUCCUUGUGAAGAUCUGGAAGAUUGCCCAUGGGAUGAGACUCAGUGGUAUGAGUCUGUCCUCAGACAGCCCAUCCGGCUCCAACGGCACCGCAGGGAAGCACAGAAAAUUGUCGCCGCGGAAGUGAUUCCACCAGGAAUGGUCGGGACUAGAGAUGGUUCAUACAAGCUGAGACCCGAGGCUGUUGAGUCUGUUUUCAUUAUGUACCGGAUUACUGGCGACAAGUCGCUUCAAGAUGCGGCUUGGCGCAUGUUCCAAAACAUUGAGAAGAUGACGCAUACCAAUUUCGGCCACUCAGCCAUUAAUGACGUCCGUGACCCAGGCUCGAAAAAGGCCGACAAGAUGGAAAGUUACUGGCUCGCUGAGACUCUCAAAUACUUGUAUCUCAUUUUUUCUGAGCCGGACCAUGUCAGCUUGGAUGAGUACGUCCUGAGCACCGAGGCACAUCCUUUUAAGCGACCUACUGGAUUUGUCUAG